AUGAUGCAGCAAGGUCAUGGACAGGGACAUCCAUCUCACAAUUAUACGGGAGAUGUCAACAGUCCAGUCUCACACGGCAAUACUUCAUCCACAAAUAUGUAUGAGACCGGGACAUCAUCAACAUCUAUGAAUAUGCCGACGUCAGCUCCAUCUUCCGCAGCUGCUAGCUCUCAAUCGUCAAUCGGAAAUCAUGUUCAGACAUAUCAGCAAUCUAUUGGAAUGCAGUAUCAGCCAUCUCCAGUGAUCUCUCCAUCCAACACACCUCAAAGUGGAGCUGUACAAAAUCAUCUACCUCAGCAAGCUCAGCCAGGAUACUCAACAUCUACUCUAUACUCUUAUCCGCAAACCACUGCCAUAACUAACCAGAAGGUCUAG